GUUGCGAAAAAGAUAUUGGAUAUUGAAUGUGGGAAUUCUGAAUUUUCAAUUAUGGACUCUACUCCUGUUUGGGCACCAUUCUUGGGAUUAAUUGGAUGUAGCUCAGCAAUAAUAUUUUGUGCACUUGGAGCUGGGUAUGGCACUGCUCUUUCGGGCAUGAGCAUUUCAUGCAUUGCGGUAUCCCGUCCUGAUCUUGUCAUGAAGACUAUAAUACCUGUUGUAAUGGCAGGGAUAAUUGCGAUAUAUGGUCUUGUCGUUUCCGUAUUAAUUGCUCAAAGGAUUGACGACUUUUACACAUUAUUUAUGUCAAUAAAUGAUCUCGGUGCUGGCCUAAGCGUAGGGCUUAGUGGACUAGCUGCUGGCUAUGCGAUUGGAAAGGUUGGUGACGCUGGUGUGCGGGCAACUUCAAAACAGCCAAGAAUGUUCGUCGGAAUGGUACUUAUUUUAAUUUUUGCCGAGGUCCUCGGACUCUAUGGAUUGAUAGUUGCUCUUAUUAUGUCAACAAAGUGAUUUGACUUAACUCCUUACGCAAUAGCGAUUUGCAUAAUAAUCAUUUUCAUAUGUUAUCUUUCCAAGAUUCUGUGAUUGUCGUAUUAUUUCUUUGGUAUUGAUAAACUCUUAGUACUUACAUAAAAGCCAGAAUCUUCUACUUUUUGGUUUAUACUGUUUGAUUAACAUGAUAAAUGUGGUUUCUCCCAAUAAUUCAAUAACUGGCAGUCCAGUAUCUCUAAUUGUA